CCUCCACCCAAGAAGAACAAAAAAAUGUCCUCGCCGGCUGUCGUCAUCAGUGACUUCUCUGGCGAGAAUGAGCGCCUACUGACCGACGCAUUCGGACGUCCUAAGGCUUGGAGAAGCCCUGUUAUUGCUUUGGACGCGGAGGGAGUGGACUUGGGUCGUCUUGGCAGAUUGUCUAUCGUGCAAUUGGCUACCUCGGAUGGCACUUGUUUCAUUCUAGACGUGCUCGACAAAAAGAAAGACGACCUUCUCGCGUGCUGGCUAAGGGACUUGCUGGAGGAUGAUUUACGACUCAAAAGUAAGCGCAAUUACAACAACAAUGAAAUUGAUAAUUGUGAUUCGUUAAUUUUUUUUCUGUCGGUAACAACUAACACAGUACAACUAGACGAGGGUAUUUGUUCCCUAGUAGAUUGAUGAGAGAUCACGAAGAUGAGGACACUUGAGGACGAAAGAGCAUGAGUAUGCACUUGUACAACUACCUGAAAGGUUGUUGACCACCGUGAAGUACUAUAACAAUAGCACAAAAAAGCUCAACACCUAUUCUAAUUGCUGGUGUCGAAAAAAUCAUCCACGACUGCCGCAUGGAUAGCGAUGCGCUCUGUCACCUCACCACCUGGACAUCCGUCUGA